AUGGCAGCUGGUGCCACCAUACUAACGGACCGGUCCUACACCGAGUGGUUCCCAGAAAGACAGAUCUGUGCAGAAAUGGAGACGGCGAAUGCUAGAGUCCCCACAGCAAAGUACACCAAGAUGGGAGAGACUCUGAGGCAUGUUAUUCCUGGUCACGUGCAGUGCUCCAUGACCUGUGGAGGGAAAGCAUGUAAAUAUGAGAACCCAUCUCGCUGGAGGGAUGAGGAGCAAGCCAUCAAGGGACUCUAUUCAUCCUGGAUUACUGACAACUUGCUGGCUAUGGCAAGGCCUUCCACCGAACUCAUAGAGAAAUAUGAUAUAAUCCAACAGUUUCAAAGAUGUGCUUUGAAGACGGUCAUCAACUUGCAGCGACCCGGUGAACACGCUAGCUGUGGAAAACCGCUGGAGCAGGAAAGUGGUUUCACAUAUCGACCCGAGACGUUCAUGGAGGCAGGCAUCUAUUAUUAUAACUUCGGAUGGAAAGACUAUGGCGUAGCAUCUCUAACCACAAUUCUUGAUAUGGUGAAAGUCAUGUUGUUUGCUGUUCAGGAAGGAAAAAUGGCAGUCCACUGCCAUGCUGGUCUUGGAAGGACAGGUGUGCUAAUGGCUUGUUACUUGGUCUUCACCACCCGAAUGAAUGCCGACCAAGCUAUUCUGUAUGUGCGAGCAAAGAGACCCAACUCCAUUCAGACCAGAGGGCAGCUCCUGUGUGUACGAGAGUUUGCCCAGUUUCUUGUUCCUUUGCGAAGUGUCUUUUCAUGUGCAGAACCCAAAACAAGUGCCGUCACUUUGUCUCAGUACCUUAUCAGGCAGCGUCACCUACUUCAUGGCUACGAGGCUCGGCAGAUGAAAAAUGUGCCAAAGAUAGUCCACCUGGUAUGCAGGCUCCUCCUCAACAUUGCAACUAACAGACAGGUGGUGAUUAAUGAACAGAGGCUGGAGAUUCCUGAUCUCACAGCUGAAGUGGAAAAGACCGUGUCCCAGCAGGCUCUUCAGCAGCUUGGCAAGGAAAUGGUAGGAAAAGGGAUCCCUGUUCUACCUUCUUCGAUGCAUAUGCUCAGACCACCAUCGCUACAUUGGGAUCAGCCUCUCAUUAGUGACAAUGAGCUCGACCCUCUGUGGAGGCAGCAGAAUUUAGAAAGUUCUCUAAAAUCUUCUCUGUCAAACAACAGAAGCCUCAGUGAUCCUUUGCUUCACAAAUAUGGACAAUUGCAAUACCAAGAAGGAAAUCUAAGGAACAACAGUCCUUCUUUGUCACACAGCAACCCCACAGUCUGUGACUUUCCUAGUUGGUGGUAUUUUUAUCCACAAGACAUCCAGAGCAGCAUUCAAAAUCUUAAAAUGGAAGCAAAUCCAGGCACCAGAUGUUCAACUUUCCAAAAGUCACUACAAAAGAGGCAACACAACCUAACUUUGGAUCUAUCUGAGCAUGGCAAAAAAGCCCUCUGUAAUGCCACACUACCUUCCAUGCUGCUGAUGAGCAGCGAGAAGUGUGUGGAUGGAGAAAUGGACAGAGGAGAUGCCACAGAGCUUACUUGUACUGCCCGUCACUGUGUGCCCUCCUCAGAAAGCAGACGAGUAUUGGUGGCUAAAGCACUGGCCAUGGACCUGAAUGACAUGGUGCUCUCUUCUAAGGUCUCAUGGUGGCAGACAGAGCUGAACUCCAGAGAGGGUGCGUGGGAGAGGCUGUGCACUGAAAAAGACCCUCUGAUUCUCUCCUGCCUUAUGUGGUCAUGGCUGGAGCAGCUCAAGGAUCCAAUAAUCACCCAGGAAGAUGUAGAAACCCUCAGUGAGAAGAACAUAAAUCUACAGAGUGUUCUCAACUCUCUGGACAAGUGCCCCGGUCUCACUUUGUUGUGUAUCCUCGACUGUGCCGCUCAUCUCCUGCCUGUACCUGAAGAAGUUGUGACAAUGUUUCUUCAACAAACAAUCAGAGUUUUCACUAAGACUGAUCCUGCCUCAGACAAGAAUGCAUCAUUGUACAGAACGCUAAAAUCAAUCCUGACUCUUCUUCAAUAUGAGCUGCGAGAACAAGCUGAAGACUCCUGAUCAGUCUGGACAGGAUCCCAGAGGUCACGCUUCCUUGUUGGAGCCUUACUAGAUCCAAAGCUAGUGCUUAAAACCAAAU